AUGUCCCUCCGGCACGCAGGACCCCACUUCUCCAAAGCCCCUCCGUCACUCGAAGCCGCCAACCAAGCGCAAAUCGACGACCUCGUGCAGCGCAACCGCACGCUCGAACACACCAUCAAAAAGCUCACCGACCAAGUCUCCCACGAGCAAGCGCGCACACGGGACGCCGUGCUCGAGAUCCAAGCCAAAUGGGACGCGAACCAAAAGCUGUGGAAGGAAGGCUGCGAGGCCGUGCUCAGCUCGUACCGCAUCGUGCAGAAGAAGCUGCAGGUCGAAGUCGAGACGGAGCGCGCGGCGGUGAUUAGGGAGAUGGCGAUCACGCGCGAGGAGAAGCUGUUGAGGGUCCAGCGGGAUGUGAAGAUCACGCGCUUUCAGAUGCGCGAGCAGGAGUUGGAGAGGAGGGUGGAGGAGAUGGAGGAGGAGAGGGCGGAGUUUGCGGAGGAGAUGCAGAGGGAGCUGCAAGCGGAGAAGGAAAAGUCUGCGGCGUAUCUGGCGAAACUCAAGGAAACGCGCGAGUCGAAUAAACUCCAGUUGGCUGAAGUGCGAAAUGCUCUCAGGAUCGCAAAGCAGGAGAGGGACGCUAAAGAUGCUGAAGUCGUCGAUCUGACCGCGAAAAACGCUGUUCUCGAGAACGAGAUCAAAUCUCUGGAAACAAAGUUUCAGAGAACAACGUUGAACAUGGAAGCUUUACAAAACAAGCUAUCAGAUGCCGACCGCCUCGCUGAUGAACUCAAACGAGAGAAAGCCAGCCUGUCCAACCAGCUUGAACGAUGGCAGAGUCUAGAAAACAAAGAGGGCGAAGCCGCUGAGCAACAACGUAAACAAAUAGUGGCACUCGAACUGGAGCUCCGCGAAAUAAAGGAGGCGUAUGAACAUGACACCGAGAAGGCAGCACGAGAUCUCGAAAAGGCGCAUAACCGACUGCAGAGAACAAAAGAUGCCUUGGCAGAAUUGGAGAGUCAGUCAAAUAAUCAUGAGGAAGAAAAUGAGAGUCUCAAAAAGCAAAUGGCCAAGCUUCAGAAAGCCAAUGAGAAACUCAAGGCAGACAUUGAAGAAGAACGAUCCCGAAUCCGACCUUCACCCAUCCAGAAAUCUAGGAAACCAACCUCUCCUCCUCCAAUGGAAGUCGACGACGACGAAAUCGAAGAAAUCGAAGAAGAGGAGCCCGUUGCAGCCAGUAAAAAAGCAUCGUCAAAGGCGACAAGCUCGAAAGCUCGCGAAGACCAGGACAAACCCAGCAAAAAUCAACGGCAGAUAGCAAGGAAGUCAACAGGCGGCAUGCCACCUCGUCGCAAGAAACCCCCGACCACCACCACCACCACUACCCCUGAUGAUGACCCAGACAUCGUCGAAAUAUCUGAACACGAAAUGGAACAGCCUGCUCCUACCACCAAACGGAAAGGAAAAGCUAAAGCUGUCGAACGUGAACAUGCCGAGGAUGAAGAUGCUGCUGCUGCUACUGCUGCUGCUGUGCCUCGAAAUUCCAAGGGUAAACGAAAGGCAACGGAGCAAAAUGACGCAGAUAUACCGCAAAUUGUGGAGAAGCCAAAGGGAUCGAAGAAGAGCUCGAGAGCGCCAAGUGAAGCGCGGGAGGCGCCUGCUGCGAAACCUAACAAAGCGAGACGGGCGGGAAGCAAGCAGCCGGUAUCCCGAGCAGACACAGACCGCGAGGAGAAAGACGGCGAGGACGAUGAUGGCGAUGACGAGAAAGUUCCGAAGAAAAAGAAACGGAAACUUAUACCUCUUGCUGCUAACGUUGGACCGUUCGCUUUUAAUACGUUGAAUUUGGCACAGGUCGACGAUGCGUUGGGUAUACCGUCGGUACUUUCACCUUUGAAGCAAGAUGAGCGUGUUCCCCAGAGAUCUAUGUCGUCUAGUCUAGUGAAUUCGAUAUUCACUAAGAAUGCAUUAUCGCGCAAGUGA